AUGAGAGCUAAUCUAAUUGUUGCUGGCAUUCAAGAGGACAAUGCUGACCCUGAAACAACGGUGAGAGAACUCAUGUCCAAACAUCUUAAAUUUUCUCCUGAGGUUGUGAAGGACAUUGCAUUUUCCAGAGUUCAUAGACUGGGCAAACCAAGUGAGGCUCAGUGGUGUUACCAGAGCCAGUACUCCUGUGACGACACCUGCAGAGACCCGAGUCGCUGGGCGGCUCAGUUCCCGAGCUGUGGAGGAUUACGCCAAUCCCCAAUCAACAUCGUGACCAACAAAGUGCACGUGAACAGCGCCCUGCCGCCCUUCAGCUUCAUCGGCCACACCAACGCCAUCAACAUCACAGUGGAGAACAAAGGACACUCUGCUCACUUCGCUCUGCCGCAGUCGGUGCGUCUGACCGGCGGAGCGCUGCCCGGCCACUACAGAGCCGCUCAGUUUCACUUCCACUGGGGAGGAGACGGGAGACCAGGAUCAGAGCACACUGUGGACGGGGAGAGGUUCCCCAUGGAGCUGCAUAUUGUCCACAUCAAGGAGCCGUACGGCUCUCUGGCUGAGGCUGAGCAUGAUAUGGCGGGUAUAGCUCUGCUCGCCUUCCUGUUUGAGGAAGCAGCAGACGAUCACCCUCACUUGGACCCGGUUAUAUCCGCUCUGGGCCGAGUCAAAAACAACGGCAGCAGCACGGUGAUCCCAAACUUCCGACUCAGUGAAAUCGUCCCGUCAGCGAAGGAGCUCCACAGUUAUUACCGCUACGUGGGCUCCAUGACGACCCCGGGCUGCGAACAGGCCGUCGCCUGGACGCUGUUUCACAGGACGCUGACCAUCAGCAGCCGACAGCUGGCUGCCAUCGUGCAGCAGUGUCGUUUCUGGACGGGCCAGCCGAUGACGGACAUCUUCAGACCCACGCAGCCUCUGGACGGCCGCGUCGUGUACCGCUCCACGGCGGGCGCCGCUCUGACCGCUGCCACUCACAUGUGGUUCUUUGUUUUCUGGGUUCUGUUCGGGACGACGGGUCUGAUACUCUGAAACCAACUCAUUAAAGGGAUUAAAACUACUGUAUGUAUAAAGAAAACUUUCCCCUGUGAGAUAAUGAAACAACAAUCUGUUAAUUAUGUUUAUGGAUAAAAGUAUUCUUCUUUUAAACUUAAAAUAGGAGAGAAUGCUUUUAAUUUAGUUUUUAUGUACUUAUCAGUUAUUAAGUACACCAAAAACAAAACUUUUUUAGUGAGCCAGCAGGAGAUCAUCUGUGUUUUAUUCUCUAUUUUAGUUUUAAGGAAUAGGAUCUUUACCUCAGCACACUUCUACGUCAACUUUCAUCAUUUGUGUUUAUUAACUCAAUAACUCUAUCAACUCAAUACUCUCGACUUUGAUCUAUGACGGCGUUUUAGAGCCAAGUAUAAAAAAUUUUU